CAGUAUUACUAAUGAAGUCUAACACGAUCGUAUUAGUUUUAGGUCUAUUGAUUAAUAAAACGUGUAGUGUUGAAUAAAUAUAUGUUUAUUAGUGGAUAAUAUAUAUUCUAAUCAAGAUUGAUUUAUUAAAAUGUCUCUUGAAGAGGAAAACGAUUCACUACUCGAGGAAAAAAUGUCUCUUGAAGAGGAAAACGAUUCACUACUCGAGGAAGUAUUUGAGUUACUCGAGGGUCCCGACUGUGACAAUCCGGAAGUGAUUCUGCUGAUUGGAAGAAGUGGGGCUGGGAAAAGCUCUCUUGUUAACACCUUACAUAUGGUUUUAACAGGACGAUUUUACAUGAUAGCUAAACAGGGAAGUGGGCAAGCACAGACGGUGACGCUUGAUUUGUUAAGGUACAACAACUGCGGAGUAAUAUUACAUAGAAUUUCUGACACAAGCACACGAGAAAGGAUGACAAAUCUAUUACCAAGGUUGCCACAUAUUCUUGACUGUGCUGGACUAGCUGACGAAAAUACACCCAAGCUACGCGAGAUAAUAGAGCUUCUGAUUGGAGGUUAUAUUCGGCCUGGGACAAGCAUUGACGCGCUGGAGAAAAAACAAGAGGAAUGCGGCAUUGGACGGUUGAAAGAAGUAUUUAAACCUGACCCAGCCUGGAAAGUUUCAAAGAUUGUCUUCAUGCAAGGGUGUAUUGAUGAUAUACCUAAAAAUUUAAUCCAAUGUUUGAGAGAGGUUUUGAAGAUAUCCAACUCGGCUACGUUAACUAGAAAAUAUCAGUGCGAGGUUUUUGUUCUGAUCACUAAAUACGACCUAGUUAACAAGUCGAGUGACCUGAGUCUUGAUGGGAAUGGUACCGAGAAUUCAAUAAGUGCCGAUCAGUUUGAGAAAGCCGAGACUGAAAUUGCAGAGGCGUUUUGCAACGUUGGCGCAAUUGGGUACAACACACUUCGCUGGGUCAGCUUCACUGAUAAUGUUGGAUUUUCUGAAUCCCAGAUUCGCAACAGAGCACUGAAAUUUUUGAAGAAAAUGAUAGAACCAGGUGUACCAAAAAUGCCAGAGCCAACAUUUUUCGACAGACUUGAAGAAUACGUGUAUCAAACCCUUCACAAGUUACGAAGGGCAAUCAACAGGCAAUUAAGGGAAAGACACUUUAACUGUGUGUCUAUAAUUGGUUGUUUGUUCCUCUCUUUUGUUUUUAUCUAUGUGAUGUACUGUCUGCUUCGAGCGAGUGUAUAGACAAAUGUAAAUACUUAAAGAAGUUUAAUUAAAAAGCAUAUACGUUUUGCCUAUAAAGUAAAGCAAAAGGUUGCUAGUUAACUUGCUUAAAAUAGC